AUGGCGUCUGCGGAGAAAGAAACACUCUUCAAGUUUCCUCGAACGCGGCACCUGUUCGACGCCGGGGGAUCUGGCGUCUCCAGAGACGACCUGCUACUGGACGAGGGCGAGGAAGCCGUGUUCUAUUCGGGACGGUCGGCGGGAUCCCGGGCCAGAGGGAGACGACCCGGAGCACCAUCCGGACGACUGGUGUGCAUCGAAGAGAAAGUGGAUGGGGCAAAUCUGGGGAUAUCAGUGGGCGAAGACUUGCAGCUCAGGGUGCAGAACCGCUCCCACUUUGUCAAUUCCAAGACUCACGCCCAGUUCAGUACACUGGAGUCUUGGCUGGAGGAAAACUCCGGAACACUGUAUGAGCUGCUGGAGUCCAAGAACCUCGUCCUGUUUGGAGAGUGGCUCUAUGCCAAGCACUCCAUACACUACACCAGACUCCCGGGCCACUUUAUGGCCUUUGACAUCUUUGACAGGAGUGCGGGGAAGUUUUUCAGCUGGCGAGAGAGGAACCGGCGACUGGAGGGGACCGGGAUACGGUGGUCAGGAGGAUCUCUGAGACAACCAUCGACGGACGGAAAGAUGUGA